AUGGCUAAACGUCGAUUUUUAUCACUCGAGCGUCGUCUGGAGCGAGAUAGUCAUCUUAAAAAUCUCUACAUAAGCUUCAUGAGAGAAUACAUCAACUUAGGGCACAUGAGUGAGAAUGUAGAGCAGCAUAAAAUUGUAGUCAGCGCGGACAUCGAGAAGAUGUAUCGUCAAACACUUGUAAGUAGUAGCCAGCGUUCUUUACAACAAGUAUUUUGGAGAGAGAGUCCUAUGCAUCCUUUGAAAACAUAUACUUUAAACACUGUGACGUAUGGCACUGCUUCAGCGCCUUUCUUAGCCACUAGAUGCUUAAUUCAACUCGCUGAAGAAAGUAGAGAUCAAGCAAUUAAAUUUACGAUAGCUCAUGACUUCUAUGUUGAUGAUUACUUAUCUGGUGCUUCGUCUGUUACAGCUACUGUAAAUCAAUGUCGCCAAGUCAUCGCUGUUCUUCAGAAAGCUGGAUAUAAUUUACGGAAAUGGCAGUCUAACUCAAACGAAGUAUUAGAGUCUCUAUGCGGUAAUCAUGAUAUAUCAGAUAUUGUAGAUCUUAGCAACAAUGAGAUGUCUAAGACAUUAGGUCUCAACUGGCAAUGUUCUCGUGACACAUUUUCAUUUUUUAUAAACUUAACUUCCACUGAUCACGUCACAAAACGUCAAAUAUUAUCAGUCAUUGCACAAAUUUUUGACCCAAUCGGUCUUGUGGUUCCUUGCAUAGUUGAAGCAAAAAUACUUAUGCAACAACUUUGGCUUGCUAAAUGUUCAUGGGACGAACCUGUUCCAGCUAACAUUCAAAGUAUUUGCAUUACAUAUGGUAAGGAGAAAGUACUUGUUGAGAUAGCCAAGUCCAAUAUGGUGAUGUAG